UUAGCGCCAGCCAGAACCUCCUGUCUGGACAGAGUCCCCAGAGACAGAUAGACCAACAGGUUCUUUUAAGUUCUACAGCACAGUGGGAAGUCACCUACAGAACUUCCGUCUCUCGAAUCCGCUUGCUCAGGAACAGCUAGUCCACCAAGAUGGGGAAGAAAGACGACGUGAUUUUCGUGGGGGAUCAUCAUUACAGCAGCAAGGAUCCUUCUUGGUAUUACAUGUCCAGGAGAGUGGCGUGGAUGAGAGACAAGGAGAAGGCUCUCCUUGUGCUUGUCGUUUUCUUCAUAGCCCUGAUAGCUUUCAUGUUCGUUUGCCCCGAGACGAUUCUGAAUUUGCAGAGUUCCUUGGGCAAUUCAGAGAGAGAUCCCCCAGAUUAUUUGAAGGCUAAAAUCGAUAUUGUUCCACCCUCCAAGGUUGAGACUGACAAUGAAUUAGCGAAUUACGACUCAAUUGAAGAGGCAAUUCCAGUGAGCGUCAGCACACCAAGUGAGGUCGAGGAUUUCCUGGACUACGCGGAUGAAGUCGAGGGGUUACGGAGCCACGUGGGAGAUAAGGUGCCCCACCCAGAUUCCGUGGCCUUCAUUUUGCCUCUGAGGGAUCACGUGGGCAAUCUUGGAGUCCGUUUUGGUAAACAGUUGAAGAAUAUCUUAGAAAGUUCAAGACCAGCUACUGAAGAUGGUACUCCUGGUAGUGAAUUAAUGGGCAGGAGCAGCGAACAGCGGAAUUUCUCGACCAUUCUAGGGAAGAAUAGUACUUUGCAACCAUCUCACGUCCUCCUCAGGGAUUCCAAAGGGGAUUUCGAAGUAGCAAGGCAGCUAACUCAGCAUUUCUACGAAGACCAUGGGACAACAAGAUUCUUUGGGCUGCUAACAGAUGAGGAAGCAAUGGCAGCAGCAAUUUGGGCAAGAGUUAGAGCUCCUGGAGCCCGUUUUGUAACACCAACAGCGAUCUCGACCUACCUCGAUAACGCCCCCAAUGUGCUCAGAGUCCAGCCCUCUGCCAAAGUCUUGGCGACUGCCGUAGCAGACCUAAUGUUCACUUUAAAUGCAGCCCGGCCACUGAUGGUAGUCAGGGCGUCUCUGCACACCGAUGCCUUCGUUGCCCUGCUUCGAUCUUUAGGGAUAAAACCUAGUCAGGUAAUACACUACUAUGAGACGACAAAGUUUGAGGAUCUAGCUGAGAAGAUCAGGCUGAAGGUGACCGAAACCCUUCAGCCAGUGUUGUUGCUUGGCGACUCUGAAUCUUGGGAAAUCAUUCAUAUUGCUGACACCUACUACUCCUGCCUGUGGAUCUGCCCUUUCCCUACCCAGUUGCACGAUCACAUUCAGACUUCAAGGUCUGAACUGAUCUAUUUCAUGUACAGAGCUUAUGACGACAAGCCCGAACAUACCAUGAAGGAAAAUCCUCUUCUGGACCCCAACGAGUCAUUGGUUAAAGCGUCACUCUCGUUACUGAAUGGAAAACGACGCUCUUGGCGAGGUUCCUAUGUUGUCGUAGCUUCGGUGUCUCCUGAAUCUGUUAAUCCUCAUAUGAAGGUGCUCGGUGGGACAGACUUGAUCCCCGUGAUGCAGUACGACGUAAACAGGAGCGGCAUAACUCGACGCGUCUACCAGGAGCUCCAGCUGACGAGGCAGCUCUUGCUGCCCCUUACGGCAGGAGCCAAGUGUAAUGUGAUUAUAAGGUAUAUCAACGAGCUUUCUGGAACGCUCAAGAGAACAGAAAUCCCCAUUGAUCUAUUGCAGUCUACGCUAUUAACUCCUGCUGGUCGCGGUGCUCAGUUACACCUUGAUUGUCCUAGACAUCACGUCGACUUUGUGUGUUCGUCCCCAAGAGAGUUUUGGGCUCCGGUUAAGUGUCGCGGUAUGAUACAGGGUAUUCAUCACUACCAGGCUUACUGUGGGAGUAAUGUCGGCGUCACUUUUGCUGCAACCAAAGGCUGUAUGUUAAGUAAGGCCCUCCAAUGUUCAGAUACUCAUACUCUGGGUUGUAGGCUGUCGGCCCUGUGCUCCUCAAUCUCCCACUCCAGUGUGAUGUACAACUGUGAUGGAAUACCUCUUGUUAAGCUGUAAGUCAUUUAUGGGGCCUGUCCUGCCCAUUAUUAAAGGAACUAUUCCGGCUGUGAUGUAAUAAAGAAAAUAAAGUAACUGGUUUU